GAGACUACAUGCGCUGUGACAGCCGUAAAAAUCCGUCCUCCUAACAUGACCGCUUCCAACCCGGAAACAGGUUUCAUUCUCUCAUGAAUAUACCUACAAGAGGUGCACGUCUCCAAUUAUAGACAGUGAGAUACAGUCUCAAGGCCAUCCUCUUCAGCAGCCAUGCCACGUAUUGAAAAUGAUAUCAAGCUCGACUUCAAGGACGUUCUGCUUCGACCCAAAAGAAGCACUCUCAAAUCUCGCAGUGAGGUGGAUCUCAUGCGCAGGUUUACUUUCAGAAACUCGAAGGGCAGUUAUCGUGGGAUUCCCAUCAUCGCCGCCAACAUGGACACCGUGGGGACUUUUGAAAUGGCUUUAGCCUUACAUCAAUUUACUCUCUUUACAGCCAUACAUAAGCAUUACUGUGUGGAUGACUGGAAGGAGUUUGCUGCCAAGCACCCAGAAUGCUUACAGAGUGUAGCCGUCAGCACAGGGACGAGUGAGGGGGAUUUUGAGAGAUUGGGGGCCAUUAUUGCUGCUGUACCUCAAAUUCAGUACAUUUGUGUGGAUGUAGCCAAUGGCUACUCCGAACACUUUGUCAACUUUGUGAAAGAUGUGAGGCAGAUGUUCGCUACACACACGAUCAUGGCUGGCAAUGUGGUCACUGGAGAGAUGGUUGAAGAGCUGAUUCUUGCUGGUGCUGACAUCAUCAAAGUGGGCAUUGGACCAGGUUCUGUGUGCACCACUCGUAAGAAGACCGGUGUGGGUUAUCCUCAGCUGAGUGCAGUCAUUGAGUGCGCUGACGCUGCACACGGCCUGAGUGGACACAUCAUAUCUGAUGGAGGAUGUACCUGCCCAGGUGACGUCUCCAAGGCAUUUGGGGCGGGGGCUGACUUUGUGAUGCUGGGAGGAAUGCUUGCUGGCCAUUCUGAGAGUGGGGGCGAAACCAUAGAGAAAAACGGCACAAAGUACAAACUGUUCUACGGCAUGAGUUCAGACACGGCCAUGAAAAGGCAUGCAGGAGGUGUAGCAGAGUAUAGGGCAUCGGAGGGUAAAACGGUUGAAGUGCCUUACAAAGGGCCUGUGGAGGUGACGGUGAGAGAUGUCCUGGGUGGAGUUCGUUCCACCUGCACGUACGUGGGUGCUGCUAAGCUGAAAGAGCUGAGUCGUCGUACCACCUUCAUUAGGGUGACCCAACAACUCAACACAGUGUUUGGUAAUGAUAAUUAAGUUAGUUCUAAGGUCUAACCAGGUCCAUAUUGGGCCAAAGUAUGCCAAAUCCAUGCAAAGGUCAUUUUAUUCUCUCCACAGUUAUGCACACAUAUGCUUGUUCUUUCUCUCACACACACACACACACACACACAC